AUGCUGGAAGUCGGCUUCAUAGAUGAAAUUGUUUCAAAAGACUUGUGGGCCUCCUUGUUGGUACUAUGGUACAUCUGCAACACAGAACAGUUGUCUGAAUCCCUUCAGCCUGUUUUUGUCCAGAGUUACCUUGACCAAGGAACACAGCUCUUCUUAAACAACAGCAUUGAGAAAUCAGGCUGGCUGUUUAUCCAGCUCUAUCACUCUUUUGUCUCCUCGAUUUUUAGCCUCUUUAUGUCUAGAACAUCUAUCAAUGGGCUGCUGGGAAGGGGCUCAAUGUUUGUAUUUUCCCCAGAACAAUUUCAAAGACUGCUUAAAAUAAAUCCAGAAUGGAAAUCCCACAGACUUCUCGAUUUAGGGGCUGGGGAUGGAGAAGUCACUAAAGUCAUGAGUCCUCACUUUGAAGAAACCUAUGCCACUGAACUGUCUGAAACUAUGAUAUGGCAGCUUCAGAAGAAGAAAUACAGGGUGCUUGGUAUAAAUGAAUGGCAAAACACAGGAUUUCAGUACGAUGUUAUCAGCUGUUUGAAUUUGCUGGAUCGCUGUGAUCAACCACUGACUGUGUUAAAAGAUAUUAGAAGUGUACUGGAGCCAACUAGAGGCAGAGUCAUUCUAGCAUUAGUUCUGCCAUUUCACCCAUAUGUGGAAAAUGGUAAGUACAAAGAUUAA